AUGUUUUGUAGGUGUGGCUAUUGUAAACGUUUGAAGCCAGUAUGGGAUGAACUUGCUGAGAAAUAUAAUAAGGAUUCUAGUCAACAGGAAAUUGUUAUUGCAAAAGUUGAUUGCACUGCAGAAACUCCUAUUUGUGCUGAAGAAGAUGUUUCGGGUUAUCCAUCGCUUAUUUUCUAUGACGUUGGAGAGAAAAAGGGUAUAAAAUACCAAGGAAAGCGUGAUUUAUUAGGACUUGAAGAAUUCAUUUCAAAUAACCUAAAAGAAGAAAAAAAAUCAAUACCUCCUCCUAGCUUAAAAAUGUCACCUGGAAGUGGUGCAAUAGAGUUAACUGAUGAAAAUUUCCAUCAAGUGAUAGAUUAUGGAAUGCAUUUUGUAAAAUUCUUUGCUCCCUGGUGUGGUCAUUGUCAGAGAAUGGCCGGCACAUGGGAAGAGCUUGCUAUUUCAUUGCAACAUGACAAAUCAAUAAAAAUAGCCAAGGUUGAUUGUACUGUGAAUAAAAUGGCUUGUACUGAAUUUGAAGUGAAAGGUUUUCCCACACUGUUAUUUAUUAUAAAUGGGAAAAAAGUUGAAAAGUAUCAGGGAGACAGGAAUCUUGAUGGUUUUAAAAAAUUCAUUUCCGAAAUGAAAGCAGCUCAUCUAGAUGCCAUUGAGGCUGAAGAAGGGAAAAUAGAAUCAAAUCAAGAACAAGUAUACCCAGUCCUUCACAGCGUCCUUGAGUAUGUCGUCCGAGUUGAAGAGCUUCCCUUUCAGGUGGACCAAACACAUGGAAAUCGCAGGGCGACUAGUCCGGAUUGUAUGGCGGACGGUCCAACGUGUGGCCAUUCAAAGAGGUUAGCUCCAAUCUGGAAUGAUUUAGGCCAAAAAUUUGUUCUACAUACCAGAAUAAAAAUCGCUAAAGUAGACUGUACUCAAGAUGAGAUGUUGUGUAGUGAGCAUAAGGUUGUGGGUUAUCCCUCUUUGUUUGUAUUUAGAAAUGGUAAGUUUGUCACUGAAUAUCAUGGGCCGAGGAAGCUGGAUCAGUUACAUAGUUUUGUUUUAGAUCACUUGCAUCACACAGAAUUAUAAACGAUUAAAUUUUUUAAAUUAUUCUUGUUUCAUAAUCAAGCAAAAUUAUCUUUUGCUUUUCAUCCUAGUUCUACUUAUAAUUUAAGGCCUAUUAUAGGUAUUAUUUACUUAAUAAGGCAAUUUCGUUACAGUUAGAUUACCAUAAAAAUCAAGAUAACUAUGGUAUUAUGCUUGAUAUAAUUAAAUUUUAUUUAUGCUGCUGCAAUUUUCCAAAUUGAUUUUGAAAAGUUUUGCAAUUUCUUUAAGACCUUGCCUGUGGAAUGUAUAUUUAAGAAAAAUGUUAAUGGGAAAAAAAAUGGAAAUUUUUUUCUCUUUAAUUUUGUUUGUUAUCUUCAAAAUGUUAGAAAUAGAUUUUUUAAAAAAAUUAAACGAAAUAACUAUUAUAUUCACAUGGGAAAUAUUAAUGGAUUACAAUAAUUUUUGUUUCAAUUAUAGCAAAAUAAAUUUCUUAAAUAAAUACAAUAUUAUUGUCUAUAUCAAAUGUGAGGGAUUCUUUUGAAUUGCAAGAUUGGUAGUUUCCUGCCAUUUGUCGGAUUUUUGCAAACUUUUUGCUUUAUAAUUUAAAAACUAGUAUUUCCACCUAUUGCAUAUUGUGCAUUGGAAAAACUGAGUUUGGACUUCAUGAAAUAGAAGCAUCAAGAUUUCUCUUCCCUGAACUCAGAUCAUCAUUCUAAAACUAGAGCAAUUUAGUCGCCAAACUGAGUUCGGACUUAACAGGCAAAGCUUUAAUAAUGCAUUGUUUAAUAAUUCAUUAAUCUGACUUAAAUUUUGCAAUUAUGUAUCUUUUUAUUAUUUGUAUUGUAUUUAUUUUCCUACAUUUUUAACAACUGGCAUAUGAAAAUCAAAUUUUUAUCCCGGCAAUUCUCCCUAUUUUUAUAUUAACUAUUAUUUGGGAUAUCUUGCUCAUACAUUUAUGCUUCAAGUUUGACUACUAAAUAUUUUUAAUGAGUACUUAUCAACAAAAAUUGAUUUCAUGUUAAUGCAAAUAGAAAUGGCUACUAAAAACUUAAGUUUAUUUUUUAAAAUCCUAAAAUAUGUAUUUUUAAAUUUUCUUCUGGUAAUUCACUACUGUGCAAAUUGUCAAAUAUCCGUCUGUAGUAAAUUAUUCGGAGAUUAUGUAUAUACAAUUAUUUUUUAUAUAAUAAAUUAUUUUGUAUCUGCC